AUGGCUUCACAGGAUGUAAAUGAGCAGAGCUCGACGCUUAUCCCCGACGACCCUGUGGCAUUCCUCGACGACCCGCGCUUUCAUCAGACCUUCACCCUGCCCGCCGGCCCCAAUCGGCCCCAUCCACUCCAAGUGACGUAUAGCGACUACGGCUACCGGGACCUGGAGAGCCCAGAACGCGAACACGUCCUCCUCUUCUGCGGCCCUCUAAUGGGCAGCCGCUUCCUCCACAUCGCCAAAGACGCCCUCGCCAAAAAGCACCGCGUGAGGAUCAUCGACCCGGACAGACCGGGCUUCGGCGGCGCAACCCCAGUACCCGCCGCAGACCGCGUCCGCGUCUGGCUGGAAAUGGUGCCGGCCCUCCUGCGCCACCUCGGCGUCCGCCACGUCUCGGUCGCCUCGCACAGCGCCGGCACCAUCUACGCGCUCAACACCCUGUUGUACCUUCGCCAUCUCAUCUCGCCCACGCAUCCCUGCGUGGCGCUCAUCACGCCGUGGAUCCACCCGGCCCAUUCGGGCGUCCCGCUCUCGAAGGCCCUGAGCCGGCUGCCCGACGCCGUGCUGGGGCAAUUCCACGCGGUUGCGGGGUUCUCCCAGCGGAAUCUCGCGCCCGUCGCCGGGUUCAGUGGCGGCAUCAUCAACGGUAUGAUGCCUGGCUUCCGUGCCUUGGCCAAGUUGUUGCCGGCGCAGGAGACGAGUCCCGCGCCGCCGGUCGCGGAGGCCAGCGAAAGUGCGCGCAUGGCCGGGUUCGAGGAGGAGAUCUGGGAGCGGCUCAUCAAGAAGGUGUUCGCGGAGAGCGUGCAAGGCCUCAGCGAGGAGGUCGUUCUGCUGCUGAAGCGGGCGGACCACCCGGACUACUGGGGCGCGUGGGGAGAUUACGAUCGGUUCGUCACCCUUCUAGCCGAGGGGGAAGCGAACCUGGAUGCCGGCGUCGUGUCGGAUGGCGCGAGAUUGGAUAUCAGAGUGUACUAUGCCGCAGACGAUCACCUGAUUGGUACCGGGGACGGCCCGAAAUGGUUCGAUGACUGCUGGAGGGCUGAGCGACGUGGUGACAGGAUUGACUUUUCGAGCUGUGUGGUUCCCGGGGCUGACCACGACACCAUUGUGGACUUCAAGUUUAAUGUUUUUGAGAGGAUAUUCCGCCAGAUAGCUGGGACGGACGGAGGUGGUGGCUCGUCAUCGCCAGAUGUGGCUUUAGGUGCCGAAGGGGAAGAGCCUUUAGUUGUUUGA